UAAGAAUCUCUCAGGAAAAAAAAGUUUUCUUUUCGUUAAAAUUUUAGUGCCUUUCCAGGUAUUUUCUAAGAAAUUUUUAGUGUAAAACACACCAAAAAUGCCCGAGGAAAGUGCAACACUGGAAGAUUUUUUCUCUGGAAAAAAUAUCUUCAUCACAGGAGGAACAGGAUUUUUAGGAUCAGUCCUUAUUGAAUCUCUGCUCAGUGUUAGUCCAAAAAUUGGGAAGAUUUAUGUGCUUGUACGUGACAAAAAUGGAAAUUUGGCAGAUAAGCGAAUUCAACGGAUGCUCUCAAAACCACUCUUCAAAAACCACUCCCAAGAAGCAUUUGAGAAAAUUGUGCCCGUUGUCGGUGAAUUAACUGCUGAAAAUUUGGAUUUCACUCCUACUGUCCUUCAUGAUAUCACGAAAAAUGUCAACGUAAUUUUUCAUAGUGCAGCAACUAUUAAAUUCAAUUCCCUCCUAAAGACGGCAAUUGAUAUCAAUGUUUUGGGAACACUAAGGACGAUUGAGUUGGCAAAAAAGAUUGAUAAUUUAUCUGCCUAUGUGUACCUAUCGACGGCCUUUUGCAACAGUAACAAUCGGGGUUUGAUUUUAGAAAAAGUUUAUCCAUCGCUUAGAGAUCCGUAUGAGAUGAUGAAACUUGCCAAAACACCCAAUAUUUUACCCGAAAAUACCAAUGAUUCGAGCGUCAAGGAAAUUAUUGGGGCACACCCCAAUACGUACACCUUCACAAAGCAAUUGGCUGAGAAUUUGAUUGUGAAAGAGAUGACUGGAAUGCCUGUGGCAAUCAUUCGACCAUCUGUUGUUUAUGGCACGUACGAGCAUCCCGUAGAAGGGUGGGUUGGUAAUGCAAACAGUGGGCAUUUAGGAUUCCUCGCCGGUUAUGUAAAGGGUGUAUUCCGCACAAUGACGGGGAACCCCUCGUCAGUCAUCGCGAUUAUACCGUGUGAUUACGUUAUCAACUCUAGUCUUGCCAUGGCAUGGUAUGUCGGCACAAGGAGCAUUUACCAGCCCGAGGUUAUACACUGUACCUCGACGCAUGAGGAAAAUUCCAUAACACUAAAGGAAUUAUGCGAUACCUUCAAUAAGAGUGCUGCUGUUCAUCCGUGUGAUACAUUCCUCUGGAAACCACAUUGCCAAUUGAGAAAUUCAUUCCGCUACACGCUUUUCUUCUACCUCUUCCACAUCUUACCAGCAAUGAUCGUGUGGAUUCCCGAAAAGAUAACAGGUUUGGGAAAGCGUCGUAUGAGUGUUUUGGAUGCCAUGAAGGUGUUUGAUAGGGGUACAAAGGCAUUUGAUUAUUUCAUGAAUCAGGAUUUUCAGUACUCUGUUAAAAAUUCCCUGAGAAUUAUGUCCAUGAUGACUAAGAGUGAUGCUGAACGGUACUGCUUCGAUGCUGUCCAGUGCAACUGGAAUGAAUUAAUCUUAAGGUGUUUCCGAGGGAUUCGCAUGUUCUACUUCAAGGAAUCCGCUGACACUACAAUGAGGCACAAAAUCAUUCGCAAAGUGGCUGAAGUAGCGUACUACUUGGGAUUUUGCGUCAUAUAUGCACUGCUGUACCUCCUCUGGUUUAUUGUCUUGAAUAAUCCUAUAGUUGCAUUCGUGAUUUCGAGCAUUACAAUAAUAUUUUUGAUAUGGUUAUAGAAGUCUAAU